UGUGUAUAAAUAUCGACUUCUGCUCGUGGUAACUCAUUCUAAACUCGUUUAGAUACCAUCGAAGAUGAACUCGUUGUUGAUCAUCACUGCUUGUUUGGCCCUGGUCGGAACAGUGUGGGCAAAGGAAGGUUAUCUGGUGGAGAUGAGCACGGGCUGCAAAUACGAAUGCUUUAAAUUGGGAGACAACGAUUAUUGCUUGAGGGAAUGCAAAGCCAGAUACGGAAAAGGUAGUGGCGGCUAUUGCUACGCUUUUGGGUGCUGGUGCACACACUUGUACGAACAAGCAGUGGUUUGGCCCCUUCCUAAAAAAACAUGCAGAGGAAAAUAAUGGCAACGACUUUUUAUUGUCAACCAACAGAAAUAUUGUAACGCUUCUUAAUUUCAAUUAAAUGAAAUAAAAUGUUAUACCUUCAUCUAAAAUAUCUUUAUUAUGCGA